AUGGAAGGCGUUUUGGUGGGCCGUGGGCGGCGGAAGACGGUGCAGCUUGGGGCACCCGGGGGGAAGCGGCGGAAUGUGUGGCAAUUCAAGGUCUCGCCGAAGCUCAGGCGACUCCGGCGGCUGCCGUCGCUGAAGAAGCUGCUUGUAUGGUUGAGGGAUUCUUAUAUGAAUGCGAUGCUGGCGUUUGCGAGCUCUAGGGUCGUUGGUUGCGGCGGCGGUAGUGGCGAUGGGGUCUGGGUUGGCGCUGGCGGAAGGGCCACGUUGAAGGAGUAUGAUGAGGAAAUGAUCACGGAGAUCUACAAGUCGUUGGUGGUGGCUCAGGCGCGGUUGCCUCCGCCGGAAUCUGUCCGGCCGAGUUGGGUCGGCGGCCGGUUGCCGGCUGUGGCGGAAUAA